AUGGACGCAUCCGCAUCCGUCUCACCUUCGCAUCGCACCAGUAUGUCGGAAACAGCUCGUGCGAGCACCAGCUCCCACGCUGGCUCUGCUUCACACCCGAUUGCUCCACCCAAGAAAUCGUCGCCGUCGCCAACCGCAUCGCAGCUGGAGGAAGGCAUCAACAAUGAAAAGUGCGUUCAAAAAGACGCAUCGUCCUCUUCCUCGCCGCCAACCCACACCGACAUUGAUGGUUGCAAUCCGAACCUCGUCACUUGGGCCGAGAACGACCCCGAAAACCCUCUCAACUGGAGCCACCCUCGCAAGAUCAUGCUUCUCUCGGUCGUGACUGCCUGUGCUUUUUGCGUCACCAACGCCUCGUCCAUCAUCAGCAACGCCUACCAGGGCAUCCAGGACGAGUUCCACAUUUCGCGCACCGUUGCCAUCCUCGGUCUCUCGCUCUUUGUCAUUGGUCUAGGCGUUGGACCGAUGCUGUUGGGCCCACUCUCCGAGUUCUACGGCAGAAGACCCGUCUACCUCGUCUCGUACACUGCCUUUACUCUCCUUGGCCUUCCCGUUUCGUUUGCCAACAACCUUCCCGUCUUCUUGAUCUUUCGCUUUCUCACCGGUUUCUGCGGGUCCGCCUUCCUCAGCGUGGCCGGUGGCUCUGUAUCCGAUAUCUUUGCCGCGAAAGACAUGUUUGUUCCCAUGGCCAUCUACACCAACGGCCCAUUCCUCGGCCCGGUCUUUGGCCCUCUCUUCAGCGGCUUCAUCAAUCAACACACGAGUUGGAGGUGGACCUUCUGGGUCAUCAACAUCUGGUCGGCGGUUAUGCUCGUCAUUCUCGUCUUUUUUGGGCCCGAGACCUAUGCACCCGCCUUGCUUGCCACCAGAGCCAAACGCCUGCGUGAACAGACGGGCAACCAGGACCUGUACGCAGAGCACGAGCGCGUCGUCGCCCAAAAGUCCCUCGCAAGGACAAUCCUCACCUCAACGACGCGACCAUUCGAGCUGCUCGUCAGAGAAGUCAUGCUUCUGCUGCUGUGUCUCUGGUCGGCAUUGCUGCUCGGCAUUCUUUAUCUCUUCUUCGUCGCUUUCCCCAUCGUCUUCCAAGAGCACGGCUUCAACUUGCAAGAGAUCGGUCUCUCGUUCCUCGGCAUCGGCGUUGGCAUGAUCUUCGCCGUCCUCACCAUGCCAUUCUGGGCACGCCACUACACCCGACUCGUCGAAACAAAAGGCAAUGGUGUCGCAGAACCCGAAUUCCGCCUGCCCAUCGCCAUGGUCGGCGCCGUCCUACUUCCCAUCGGCAUGUUCUGGUUCGCCUUCACCACAUACCGCUCCGUUCACUGGAUCGUACCCAUCAUCGGCACCGUCCUGUUCGGAAUCGGCAUCAGCUACAUCUACACGUCGGUAUUCACUUACACCACCCAUGCCUACCGCCCUGUCGCGGCGAGUGCUAUGGCCGCCAACUCGUUCUGUAGAAGCUCUUGGGCGGCGGCUUUCCCCCUAUUCGGCAAAGCCAUGUACAAUCAUCUGACGCCGCCAGGUGCUUCUGCCUUGCUGGCUGGGUUGAACGUGCUCAUGAUCCCAGUGCCCUUCGUAUUCUACCGGUAG